GGGCGGCGGCGCUUAAGUCGCCUAUCGUGGGCGGGAGCGCUGCGGAGGAGCGCGCGCUUUUUCCUUUUCCUUUUUUGCAACCUGGUUUCUUCUUUUUUUCCCUUCGGCGGAUCGUGGCCAUGAGUCUCUGGGUGGACAAAUACCGGCCGAACUCCCUCGGCAAAGUGGACUAUCACCGGGAUCAGGCAGCGCAGCUUCGCAACCUGGUUCAGUGUGGUGACUUUCCUCAUCUGUUAGUGUAUGGGCCUUCAGGAGCAGGGAAAAAGACCAGAAUAAUGUGCCUGCUGAGAGAACUGUAUGGCUCUGGAGUGGAGAAGCUGAGGAUUGAACAUCAGAGCAUAACUGCGCCUUCUAAAAAGAAGAUUGAAAUUAGCACUAUUGCCAGCAACUAUCACCUUGAAGUUAACCCAAGUGAUGCAGGAAACAGUGACCGGGUGGUAAUUCAGGAAUUACUGAAGACAUUAGCUCAAUCACAGCAACUUGAGACAAGCACCCAGCGAGAUUUUAAAGUGGUGCUGUUGACUGAAGUGGACAAGCUUACAAAAGAUGCCCAGCAUGCGUUGCGCCGAACCAUGGAGAAGUAUAUGGCUACCUGCAGAUUAAUUCUGUGCUGCAAUUCUACAUCGAAAGUCAUUGCACCUAUCCGAAGCAGGUGCCUUGCAGUGCGAGUGCCUGCACCCAGCAUUGAAGAUAUCUGCAACGUAUUGUCUGUUGUGUGUAAGAAGGAGGGUCUGGUUCUUCCUCGAGAACUUGCUCAGAGGAUUGCAGAAAAGUCUGGCCGAAAUCUCCGAAAGGCCCUUCUGAUGUGUGAGGCAUGCAGGGUGCAACAGUAUCCUUUCACUCCAGACCAAGACAUUUCUGAGACGGACUGGGAGGUAUAUCUGAGAGAGACGGCAAACGCCAUUGUUGGUCAGCAGACCCCACAGAGGCUCCUGGAAGUUCGUGGGCGACUCUAUGAACUCUUGACCCAUUGCAUUCCUCCAGAGAUUAUAAUAAAGGGCCUUCUGACUGAACUUCUGAACAACUGUGAUGGACAGCUGAAAGGAGAGGUUGCACAGAUGGCAGCUUUCUAUGAGCACCGACUGCAGCUGGGCAGCAAGGCCAUUUAUCACCUGGAAGCAUUUGUGGCUAAGUUUAUGGCCAUCUAUAAGAAGUUUAUGGAAGAUGGACUAGAAGCCAUGAUGUUCUGAUACAUUGCUUUGAGAACCCUCCUGCUUUUUGGGAUGCUGACAAGUUCUGUCGCGAAAGCUGUACAAACCGCAGGUCACCUGUACAUUUCUGUGUUGGACAAUAAAAUCCUAAGUGCUGAAUUUGAGGUGUUCUGAAAUGGUUCCACGUGGCCUUUUAUGUCAGUCCAAACUGCUUUAGGAAACAAGAAGUCACAUACUUGACAGCAGGGAAGUGCCAGGAUCCCGGAAUGCUUUUGGGUCUGGAACAUGAUUGUGAGCCUCAAUCUUGGGAGUUUUCAAAUGUGCCAUCUUGAAUAGGCUUCAUGAUGGUGGAAGAUGCAGAAACCUGUUGCAGCUUUAAGGCCCCGUCUGCACUAUGCAUUUGAAGCUGUAUCAUACCACUUUAAACAGCCAUGGCUUCCCCCAAAGAAUCAUGGGAAGUGUCGCUUGUUAAGGGUGCUGAGAGGAGUGUGAGGGGACACCAGUUCUCCUCACAACUACAAUUCUCAGAGUGGGCUAACAAUCAACCCCUUUUCCUAGGGAACCCUGGAAACUAGCUUUGAGGGGAACAGGCAUCUCCUCUAACAACUCUCAACACCCUUAACAAACUACAUUUUUAACGAUUCUUUGGCAGAAGUUAUGACUGUUGAAAGUGAUACGAUGCUGCAUAGUGCAGAUGGGGCCUUGCAGCCGUAACUUAAGCAUAUUUACCUAGAAGUAAUGAACCGAGUUCAAUGGCGCUGAGUUCAGUUGGCCAGGCAUGAUGGGGGUUGUAGUUAGACAACAUCUAGUAGGCCCCAUGUUCCCCAUCUAGUAACGAUCUACUGUAGUAGGGAUCAUUAAUAUUUCCG